CGUGGUGUGUGUUAUUUAUCCUUCCCCAUAUCCUUUAUACCUUUGUUCUUCCUUUUUCCUUUUCCCUCCGUUCUCUUUCUCUUGUUUUACAUCCUUUUCUUUUCUCACCUUUUGUCCACCAAUUUCUUGCGAAAUCUGCUUAUACAUAUACAUAUAAUAUAUAUAUAUACACGCGCGUAUAUCUCGUUUCUUUCGGUCCUGAUCCGUGUUCCCUCUAUCCGUCCCGUUUUUCUCUGUGAUCGUUGUGAAAUGCCCUUAACCGGUCGUGCCUCGAGACGACGACGAGGACGUGGCGCCUAUCGUUGGUGUACGGUUCCUUGACGAGCACGGGAUACGUGCAAACCGGCGCAUGCACUGCAGCCCCUGCUACUAUGAUAAUAACGAGAAAGGUGGAACGGUGGGCGCUCCUCUUAAAACGAGAGGCGCUCGGCCGAACCUACGGUGCACAAAAGCGGUCCGAACAAACAUCCCGCGGUGCUACGGCAAUGCUGCCUUAUUCCGGCCGGAUAGAUGACAACAUCGACACCGNNNCCGACACCGUAGCCACCGACCUGCACAGGACCAGCAGCUGCGUCGCGUUGGCGCUGCCGUUGCCGUUCCCGUACUAUUACUACUACUACUACUACUAUUAUUACUACUAUCCUCGUGUUGGGAUCGCCGCCUCGUUGUUAAAGUCAAAUCGCCGUACACUCAUCGACGACCACGAGGACGACUCGUCAUUACUAUUCGUAAGGAUCGAAGAACCGCAAGUGAAAUUGACGUGUUUCGACUUAGCAUCGACUGAGCCAAAAGCGAAGAAGCAACAGGACGAAAAGGAAUACGACAAAGUGGCAAACGUGGCGUGUCCGAUAAACGACAAGAGAGUAAUAGUGUUUGCAAGCAAGAACAGUAACAGUGUUAACCGCCAGAACGCGCGAGCACGAUUUUCCGCGUGACCAACAGCCACUCGCUGUUACGCCGUGU